UUAACUUUCAGGGUCACGGGCCCGUCAGCUGCACUCCCGCUCGACCUUGUCUGCCCUGCCCUUGGAGGUAGCCGCUCGGGCGAGUAGAGUGAGAAAGAUGGCGGGCUCUUCUUCUCCGUCAUCCGACGAUUUCUCUGUCUUCGUGCUGGCAUCGGAUCUGGGCGUCGACGGCCGUCCCUUCCUGUUGAACCAGCAGAGAGUGGGAUCGCAAUCGGAAGCCGUGGAGAUAGCAGAAGAAGAAAGAGAGGACUGGCACGACUGCUCUCAGUACCUCUUUCCAGGCGAAGACUUCUCUGACCUCGAGUUUCUCCAGUUCUUUCGUCUCCAAGGGUCUGAUCGAGCCGGCAACCGCAUCUUCCGUGUCGUAGGGAAAUACUUCCCUGCUCCAGUUGUGAGCGGUGAGCGCCUCAAAAAGUAUGUUUUCCACAAGAUAUGCAGCGAGCUUCCGGAGGGGCCAUUUUGUAUCGUUUAUAUGCACUCUACUGUCCAGAAGGAGGACAAUUGCCCUGGCUUGUCCAUUUUGAGGUGGAUCUAUGAGGACCUCCCUUCUGUGAUUAAAGACAGGCUCCAAGUUGUGUACUUCAUACACCCAGGGCUCCGUUCCAGGCUCGCAUUUGCCACCCUUGGUCGGUUUCUCCUGAGUGGAGGCUUGUAUUGGAAAAUCAAGUAUGUAAGUCGCCUUCAGUAUCUGUGGGAUGAUAUAAAGAAUGGAGAGGUAGAAAUUCCCGAGUUUGUGCAGAAGCAUGAUGAAGUUCUAGAGCAUAGGCCGCUCACAGAUUAUGGAAUCGAGCCAGACCCACACCUCCUGACUGAGGUGCCAGCGACAGCCUUUUCACUGGGGAGGCAUGGAGAUCGAUGGGCAUCAAGGGAGUAUAUAUCUUAAACGUGGUGUUUGCAUCGAAUGAAACUUCUUACUAGCAGUUGAAUCUGUGAUGCUCGACUUCUUGUACAUAAUAAUUCCAAUGACAUGCUGUCCCGCGAUCUUGGAAUCUUGUCGCUGUUAACUUUUAAGAGGAGAGUUCCUGGAUAAUUCAUAUGUACCUUUUUUCAGAUUGAGAAGUGAAGUAAUUUUCUUUGCCA